AUGAUGACGGACGUCAUGAGCCAGAACAAUCUGCCCUUGACGCCCUUGGGAAUCAAGUUAGGUGCCGGCAAGGAGGACUUCCUCCACUGGAUCCUAGACUGGAUCCCGCCGGCGGCGCACGGCGGUGUCGAGCAUCUCGGCGGCUCCAGUCUGCUAUCCCUAGAUCGAAAUCUCCCCGGGAGAUACAAUUACAGCGUGCGCCCGCAAUUCCAAAACAACGUGAGCGAGGGGUCGUCCGUGACGCGGGCAAGGCUGCGCGAGACUCUCUGCGCGGUGCCAAACUCGACGGCCUUCGACUUCAUCGAGUCUCUCGGCGGACGAGACCGCUAUAUCGAGCGCAUGCGCGAGCACGGCCGCCGCCUGGCGCAGCUCAGAGAGGCGCAGCAGCGGCGCCCUUCACAGCUCACCACCACCAGAGAUGUCGAAGGCCUUCGCCGGACGGCGCCCGCACCGCCGCCGCCGCGCUCGGGCGUCGACAACCAGUGGGCACCCGGCACGUCGCCGCAGGAACUAUCCCGCCGGCUGUCGGAGAAUCGGCAGCGGCGCGACGAGUCGCUGGAGGCGCACGCGAGGCGGCGCAUGCACAUGGAGCGCCGCAUCGCGAGGCAGGCGUCGCGCCUCUCGAUGCAGCAGAUGCGGCCGCCCUACCAGAUGCGCGCCUCGGCGCCACUGCCGCCGGAGCUGGUUUGGAGGGAGAUUGUCGAGCAGAGGCUCUUCCGCGAGGCCGAGCUCCGCCCCUUCCUCUCGCGGGCGGAGCGCGACUUGGCCGGCGUCGAGGACUCGGAGACUCUCGCCGACGUCCUCGCCGACGUGCGAGCCGCGUUCUUCCUGUGA